CUCGGCUCCCUAGGAAAACAACACACGAGAAAAUGGGCCCAAAGCCCAACACUGUUAGUCGCGGUCACAAACUCAGAUAGAUCCAGUUGCACGGCCGCACCACCGCGGCCCCGCCGUCGCCGUCGGGCGUCGGAGAAGGAUGGCGCGAGGAACGGAGGUCGACCAGGGGCUGCAGCGGCAGCCCUUGGUGGAGCAGGUUAAGGAGUAUCAGGCGCGAUACAGGCACGCCUGGGCAACCUCAUCCUUCCUCUCCUCCACCUCCACCUCAAGCUCCAGCUCCUCGUGGAUUGACGUCCUGCUCGUCAUAUGGGAAUUACUGUUUUUUGCUUUACUUGUUUUCACAUGUGUUGCUUUUUAUUUCAAAUUCAUAGGACUUGCUUUCUCCUUUUUGUGUGUUGCUGCACUUCUCUAUAUGUGUAUGAGACUAACCAAGGAGGAGAGAAAGCACAAGAGAAGUAAGCAAAGAAUGCUUCUACCGUUGUCAAUGUAACAUAUGCCUGACUUCUGCGAAUGCCUCUGUAACAACAUAAUGUCUGGUGUGGGAGUGGGUGACUUCCGAGACGAAGCAGUAGCUGUUCUGGACAUUUGGAGAAUUGUCCAGUAUGUUUAACACCAUAAGGAUCUGAUUUAAAGCUCCAUGAGUAAUGCCGCAAGAUAAGAGAUGAGUAAUGCCGCAAGAUAAAAGACGGCAAAGCGUAUAGCUGUAAGAUAAGGUUGGUCAUAGUGUGGAGUAACAUAAACUAGUAACAUGCAUAUGUUACUAGUAGAUGUUACUACUUAUAUUUGUGGUAACAUAGAAGUCUCAUUUAUUAGUUUUAUAAACUCAUUGUAUCUUGGGAAGUGUUAUGUGAUGGUAACAUAUCUAGUUACUCCAA